CGCUCGCGGACACGACUGGACCCUUUACGUGGUGACGUAGCAGCUGCGUCGUGCCCCUCCGCUCCAAACAACUCAGACACCGACAGAAGCAGCUGAACGCUCUCCGGCUCAACACUCUCCAGCUCCGGCCUCGUCGGACGAUGUGCUGACGGGGGGGUUUUCUGUGGAUGAACACGGAGCUGAACGCGGGUGACGACAUCCACCGAACACCGGGAAAAUCCCCGAGACUCGGGGUUCAACGCCUCACCCCUUUUCCCUCUUGGACACGGAGCAACACAGUGAGAAAAUGGAGAACCUGCACCCCCACUGCCUUAAAUGCAUCAAAAGAAGAUGCAUGGUAAGACCAGAAGCGGGGGUUUCUUGCGACCUCAUGUGCUGCCCUCUUGUUUGCGGGGCAGUUUUUCACUCAUGUAAACUUGAGGAACAUCGCCUGUUGUGUCCGUACGAGCGGCUGCCGUGCCUAAACAGUGGGUUUGGCUGCCCCUUCUCAAUUGCAAGGAUCAGGAUGGCAAAGCACCUGGAGACUUGCCCUGCAAGUAUAGUAUGUUGUACAAUGGAGUGGAACCGCUGGCCUGUGAGCUACGCUGAUCGCAAGUCUUAUGAGAACUUGAGCAAAGACUUUGAUGAGGUGGAGCAGCUGGACAUGGCCUUGGCCCUGCAGGACCAGCGGAUGUUGUUAGAGUCCCUGAAGGUUACGACCACUGUGUCAAAGAAUGGAGUUAAAGAAGCAGAUGAAAAGAACAAGAUGGCAACAGCGUCAAGUUUACCAGAGACAGUGUUAGGUAAUAGAACAGUGGAAAUGGAGGCAGAACCCUAUACUGAGUUGUACAGCAGCUCAUCGGAGACAAGUAGAAGUUUGGCAGCAGCUCUGGACAUCCUCUCUAAUUCUGCGGAUAUUGAUGUAAUUGUUGGGAAUCUAAAUGGGGAAAAGACUGAUAAGAAUGGAGCCCUCCACAACGGAGAAAAUGGUGAUAACCAUAAUGUUUAUGUGGCUGAGGGUGGGAAGAAUGUAGAUAUGCAGGAGAGCGACUCUGAUUCAGAGUGUGAGCUUGGAGCAGUGGGUGGAGUUGACUUUGCUGUGAACACACAUAGAGAAGGAGAUGGAAUUGGCUGGGGAGAAGAAAAUGAUUUUGUAGAGUUGUUUUUUGAGGAAAAGGAAGAUAUCAUUGAGGAGCCAGUAAAUGAUUCCAAUCUCAUCUGGCCAGAGAUGCCUCAGAAUUUCAUGCCCCUCGUGGCUCUGGGGCCUCCUGUGCCCCAACAAGCACCACUCUCACCCCCUAUGCCAUUGCUGCUUUCUGAUCAUGCGAGAAAUAACUUCUUGCAAGUGCAACACUUACCCAGUGAACUCAGGUAUAGGUGCUUGGAGCGUAAACUACAGAAUGUAGAAGUCCUAAGAGGUAUUAGCAUGUUCACAUUUAAUGGACGUCGGGCUCUGCUGUCAGACCCGUACUUGUUUCGAGCAAAGAUGGAGGACAAGUCGGUUGAUACGUCUGACCUAGAGGUAGCUGACGACCCCUUGGGUCUCCACGGCAUCGACCUCAUCACUGCAGCUUUGCUGUUUUGCCUCGGAGAUUCUCCUGGGGGCAGAGGCAUCUCAGACAGCAGAUUUGUUGAUGGCUAUCACAUUGACUUUGGUACUCAGACAUUCUCCUUCCCCUCAGCCAUUCUUGCUACCAACACCAUGGUGGGGGACAUUGCUUCAGCCUCUGCCUGUGAUCACGCCAGCCCACAGCUUUCCAACCCCAGCCCCUUCCACACUCUCAGGCUAGACCUGGUGCUUGAAUGUGUGGCUCGAUACCAAACCAAACAACGCUCCAUGUUCACUUUUGUGUGUGGGCAGUUGUUCCGGCGGGACGAGUUCUCGUCUCAUUUCAAAAACGUACACGGAGAUAUCCACGCUGGACUUAACGGCUGGAUGGAACAACGCUGCCCCUUGGCCUACUAUGGCUGCACCUACUCCCAAAGACGAUUCUGCCCAUCGGUGCAGGGCUUCCGAAUAAUCCACGACAGGCACCUCGGCUCUUUCGGGGUUAAACCUGGUCUACCUUUAAGAACGGGAGAAACCUUCCCAAGAAACACCUGCCACUUUGUUGAUCAGUGCGAUCAGUUCAGCAGUCUUCCAUUCGAGGUUUUGCAACAUGUAGCAAGCUUCCUGGACAGUUUCAGCUUGUGCCAACUAUCCAGGGUGUCCCGCACCAUGAGGGAUGUGUGUGCCAGUCUGCUUCAGAUGCGUGGCAUGGUCGUCCUGCUGUGGGAGAAGAAACGGCGUGCUGAUGGUUCUUCUUCAUGGCAGAUCACAGAUAAGGUGUGGAGAUUCAGUACAGCUUUCGGUACAGUGAACGAAUGGAAGUUUGCCAACAUCGCCAGCAUGGCCGACCACCUCAAGAAGUGCAAGUUCAACACGAUCAGUCGCCGGGAGGAGGCCAUCCCUCUGCCGUGCAUGUGUUUCACCAGAGAGCUCACGAAAGAGGGCAGGUGUUUACGUUCAGUUCUCAAACCAGUAGCAUAAGCGAUGAAGUCAGUGUUUGGACAUUUCUGAGGCCAUCGGAAUUCCUCCAGCGUUUACUGUGUUUAAAGACUUUUGUCUCUUCCAGCCUUAAAAAGAUUUUAACUUCUGGUUGGAUGUUAAAAACUGCUGGUUGUUGUUCGGUUCACAGUGGAACAAAAAUCUUCCCUCCUAGAAAUAAGACCCGGCCAGUUGUGGGCUGACGUUCUCGCAAUCACAGAUCAGGAUGGUCACAAUCAAAUUGAAUUGCUAGCCUUGUGUUUCAUGAGGGAUUUAUUAAUACCAUUGUACUGAAGUUCUACUAUUAUCUACUCUGACAUAGUGUAAAUAAUCAGAUGAUAUGAUGUAGAUUUUUUUAUUUUUAUAUUGAUAAGUCAGUACUGUGCUACACUGGAGGUAAGAGUAGAGCCUUAACUUGCGAUACACUUGAUUUUCUAGUCUUGGGGUCGUUGAGAACAUCUCAGUGAGAUUUCUUUACUGCUUCCAGCUGUAACAGUUUACUGGUAUCUUGCACGGUUUUAUAUUGUAUCAUGAUAGUGAGUGACCGUCUGUGUGUGUGUGUGCUGCUUAGAGCUCAUAGGUUUCAUGGCGUUAAUGCUACAUAGUACGACUGACCAAACAUCUGUGGUCGCUCUCCACACUGUUGAUGUUACUCAGCAGAAGCGUAGCACCAUCAUCAGCGUGUGGGGUGUGUUUAGUGGUUUGGUAUGUGGAGCUGAAAUUACAGCAGUAACAAAGGGUUCUCUUCUGUUCUUCUCUCACCUCUGACCAAUGAGCAGGCAUAUUGGUCAGGAUGAGAAUAGUUUUCUCUGAAAAUCUAAAUGUAGCAAGUGACAGAACAGGGCACACAGUGAAUAUAAGAAUCCAUCAGCGACCAUCGACGAUGACGAGGAAGGUUUGUUUCCCUCCCUCAGUGUCAGACCUCAGAAACCCCUGCUGGUCAGGUGUUUACGACUACAGCAGGCACACACUUCCCUCCAGUAACUAGCAUCACUAAUAAUGUUCACAUUCAUUAUUUAUCAUGUGAGUAUGUUUAAGGCACUACAUGUCACACUUUGUUCAAAUGUUUUGGUGUCUCAGGGUUACCUUUGUCUCGCAGCAGAUUGUGCGUGUGGUCAACGAAAUAGCUCAGACUGACACGCUGACUUGAUUCUUGUGGGGUCUUACAGCCGACUGGUGUACCACUCAGUAUUAUUACUACAUAGUGUGUGUGUGUGUGUGUGUAUUUUGCAGUGGUGGACUAACAAAUGAAAAGUUUUUUGGAUUUGUCUUCCCAUCAGGAAUAACUGAACCAGGACGUCAGCUGUUUGUUGAAUGUUCUUUUAAAACAUGGAGUGAUCAAAAUUGUUUGGAUUUGGUAUUUAGGUCUAACAACACAUGGACACAGUUUUAAGUAGAUCACGUUCUUGGUUUAAAAAUGUCACAAAAAACUGAAAAAAUUUAUAUUCCUUUGAGGGGCAAAAACAUUUUGUUGUUGUUUUUUAUAGUUUUGAAGUCAGAUUUAAAGCCCAAGUGAUUUUUAAUCUGUUUUUUUAUUCUAAUAAGUCUUGAGUUUUGGUUUAUUUUCCUAUUUUUGUACUGGUACUUUUAUUUGGAAAGAGAAAAGAGACAAAAUCUGUAAAGUCUGGAUUUGUAUUUGGAAUAUUGAUUUGCACAUGAAGGUAUGUACUGUAACAUUAGAAACCUGAGGGUUUUUUUCUCCCUUGUGCUCUGCAUGAGUUUGAUGUCUUUGGAAAAUGAAUCAGUCAGUCCAGUUGCAGACAUGUUGAUUCAGUUUGAUUUCAUAUGAGCCAUUACAUAAAAAAACAAAUCUUGUAUCAUGAUGAAUUUCUGUCAGAUCUGCCUCAUUCCUCAAGUUCUAACCUUUUUAAUUUGAUGAAGUGGAAUGGGGACCUGAGCUUUCAGUCACUAAAUGUUUGUCAUCUGCAGCACACUCUUGUUUUUCUUUCAUUUCAAUGCAGACAGGUCUUUGCAGGCACCUGGAGUGUAUCAGCAUUUCAUCCGAAUUCAUUGUUGUUUUUUUCCACUCCUGCUGAAUGAGGUGUACGUGUGUUUUUCACAACAAUAUGCCAGCUUCAUUUGUUGUUCGACUUUUGAAGCAUUUUAAUAAAGAGGCUCUCGGUUUUUAAAA